CACUCCCGCGGACUUGACCUCUGCUUCACAAUUCCUCCACUCGCAAUUCCUGCACUGUGUUGAUUCUGUGCAAUUACCUAUUUGUAGCCAGUAAUUGAGUUGGACGUUGGUCUAUCGCGUGACGUUUGACUAGACGAUGGCGUCUUACACGACAGACCCAGGCAGCUUCCCUGACCCAGUAGAUCUCACCCACUAUCUGUCACGUAGUGCAAAGGCACGCGAAGCGUCGAGUGUCAAGAAGUUCUACAAGUAUUUCCAGAUCCCAGGCAUUGCGCAAUUAGCUGGAGGCCUGCCCAACGACCACUACUUUCCAUACGACACCCUCGAAGCAAAGGUUGCGAAUCCAGAACGGUGGAAGCCCACACCCAACAAGCCCGUCGAUCCGCCUGCCGAUGAUCCUCCGACUUCCCAGCUCGCGAAGACCACCAUCUCCAAACACAAGCACCAUGACCCACCCUCGUCGCGUCUCGUGGUCCCGCACGACUCCAAGACCCCAGAUCCCCUUCACAUGAUCGACCUCAAGUCUGGGCUACAGUACGGAACGGCACAAGGUUACACAUCGCUUUACUACUUCAUUCGUCAAUUCACAAGGGAGAACCUCCAUCCUUUCGUCCCAUACAAGGAGGGACCAGAAAUCAUCUUGACGGUUGGCUCAACGGAUGGCUUCUCCAAGACCCUCCAGGCGCUCAGCAAUGAAUGGUCAGCCGAGCAUGACCCUGUCAGUGAGAGACCAGGCCUGCUGUGUGAGCAGUAUGCCUACAUGAACGCCAUACAGACCGCCACACCACGCGGCUUCAACAUCGCCGCCGUUGCCAUCGAUGACGAGGGUAUGCUAGCCAAGGGGCCAGGCGGUCUCCAGGACGUGUUGGAGAACUGGGACUUUUCACUAGGUCGUCGUCCACAUCUCAUGUACACUGUAACCAUCGGCCAAAACCCCACAUCCGGCACGCUAUCCGUCGCGCGUCGCAUAGAAAUCUACGCCCUCUGUGUGGAAUACGACGUCGUGAUCAUCGAAGACGACCCAUACUGGUACCUGCAAUAUCCAUCGUCAUCGCCCAGUAGCGUUGCCCCCCGCGUCAACAAAACCUCUGGCUUCGAAUUCCUCGAUAGUUUGAUUCCGAGUUAUUUGAGCAUCGACUACCAAGGCCGCGUCGUCCGUCUCGACACCUUCUCCAAAACUGUCGCCCCUGGAUGUCGUCUCGGCUGGAUCACCGCGCAGCCCGCGCUCGUGGAACGCAUCCUCCGCAUCACAGAAACAAGCACACAGCAGCCAUCCGGCUUCGUGCAGACCAUGAUUGCAGAACUACUCAUGGGUCCGCAGUCCAGAGCCGACCCCGGACGCGGCGGCGCCUCAGACGGCAGCGGCUGGAAAGUCGACGGCUGGGUGCGCUGGCUCGAGGGUCUGCGCGGCAACUACGAGCGCAGAAUGCAGACCAUGUGCAACGCCCUCGACGCCGGAACAUCCCUCGUAAAAGCCGGACGCAGGAAAUCGCUCGUCGUCCUCGACGGAGAAGAUGAAUGGGCCGUCGUCGAAAAACAGCCAAUCUACUCUUUCGUCCGCCCCCUCGGCGGCAUGUUCGUCUGGGUCCGCUUCGACUUCACCUCGCACCCCCUCGCCAAACAGGUCCCUGCCCCCCGCCUCUCGCAGGCCCUGUGGGUGUUUUGGACGCAGAAACCGUAUCUGUGCCUCGUUGCGCCCGGCGCGAUGUUCGCUGCUACGAAGGAGAUCAGGGAGAAGGACAGCUUCAACUGCUUUAGGCUGUGCUUUGCGGCGUGUCCGACUGAGGAUGUAGAGAGCAUUAGUAAGCGGUUUGUUGAGGGCGCGCAGACUUUCUGGCGCAUCAAGAAGAAGGAGAAGAUUGAUAAGUUGCUCGAGGAUGAGGAGGUCGCGGGCGUGGAUCAUGUCGCUGGCAUGGCGGUGUUGACGGGUAUGUGUUAGGUUUGAUUUGGUGUAAUGGGCUAAGGGAUGCGAGGGUAAAUUGUAUAGAAAUGAUUGAGAGUCGGCGGCGGCUGUUUGGUAUCGCGUAAUGAGCUUAUUGGGUGUUUGUCUUUUCUCGUGCUGUGCCAAUGCGCGUUUCCUGACUCUUCUCAUCUCGUCUCAUCGCGUUGUACCGCACCUGUCUUCCUCGACUCUCACCAAUUGUUCUUCGCAUUCCAUAUCAUACCAACCCUACCAAUCGUGUACAUAUGACCAGCAUCUAAAGAUCCCCAUACACCCUACCCAUUCUAUACACCUAUUUCCUAGACGUGGUUUAUCAAUCGCUCUCUCU